AUGGUGGGAGUUCCAGGACGCUCCAAAGGCUGCGUGACGUGCCGAAAAAGAAAGAAGGGCUGCGAUCUAGUCCAGCCUGAGUGCGGUCAAUGCAAAGAACGCGGGAUAGCAUGCGGAGGCUACGACUCGGACCGCAUCUUCAUCUACCAGAAAGGAAGCGGACCUACCCGUCCUGCACCAAAAUUAGGACGCCAUGCGACGCCUGAGAAGUCUCCCGGACAGCCACCUCGGCAAGGCAUGCAGAUAAUGCAAUUCAACCCUGUAUCGACUCCAGGAACACAGAAACCAUGUUCCAUGUCGAUACCAAUCAUGCUGCCUGAUGCGCUCGCGAGAUCCGCUUACAGCGAGAAGACUAUGGCGACUUUCUUGAAUAUGUACAACCCGCAGGGCGUUAUCCACACCACCAACACAGACGCAAAGGAGUUUGUUAGCUUGCUACCCUUGCUUAGCACGCGCGAUGAAGCACUACAGAUGGCUGCUCUGGCAGUUGGCAUAACACAGCUUGGGGUAACUUCGGAUAACGAAGCUCUCACGCGGCAAGGAAGGACACUGUAUGGGAAAGCGCUCAAGGAAACAGCUAUGGCUUUACAAAACCCCGCUCGAGCGAGUAGCGAGUCGCUGCUUGUUGUACCGCGAGUCAUGGCUCUCUUCGAUAUGCUGUUCGGCGCGGAACCGAAUACGACCAACCAGGCGAAAAGCUGGCUCAGUCACUGUGAGGGUGAGCUAGCUAUGAUAGUCAGUCGUGGCCCGGAGAUAUUUGCGGAAAACGACGCAGCGCAUAGACUCUUCACUAAUGCAAGAUACCGGCUGCUUGGUCCUGCCAUCCGCGGCAGGAAACCAACCAUACUCAAUGAGGAAGAGUGGAAGACGAUACCUUGGAAAGGGCGGACCAAGUCAUCCGACGAUGUUCUCAUAGACAUCCUCUGCGGCAUACCCGAGCUUUUGGGCGCAAUCGACAAGCUACAAUUCGAAGAUCUGGGCGAGCAAGAAAGAGAAGGGCUACAAGUAUACACCAUAGCAAAAUGCUGGACACUGCAUUUCGAGCUCGAAGCUUGGGUCAAUGCAGAAGCAAACGCCAUCUACACACCCGAGAUCGUUAGCAACGCAACGCCAAUCACCUUUCCCAGCAUAGACAUUGCCUGUGUCACAGUACGCUACUGGUUGACAGCCCUCUUCCUAUACUCCACCCUCGAUGUCGCGAGCGGCAUCGAUCUUUACACCGAUACCUCACUUUCGCACCCUGAUCGCCCGCAUCCUCGACCGUUUGCCCGGAUGAUUAUGAAGUCAGUCGACUACUUCCUCCAAGAGCAGUUCGGUGUGACGGGUAUCAUGGCUAUUUGGAUGCCGCUAGGCAAUUCGCUGUUCUAUUUGAAUAGAAAUCGGAUCCCUGACGAGGAAUACAUAAUGAGCAUCAUGCGGACCUGGCAUAAACCCAAGCUGCCGAGCACGAUGAGAGAGUUUUUGAAGAGUUUUAGGGAAACGGUUGAUUUUAGGACUUUGCUGGCGAAGCCUAUGAGCGAGUUGUGA